AUGCACCCGAACGCAUCUGGGUUCCGGCUGAUCUUAUUCGCCGUCGCCAGGAAGGCCGGGACGUCGGGGAACUCGCUGGCGCAGCUGCGACCGCCGUCGCCGUCGUCGACCACGUACCCGUCUUCGUCGUCGUCGUCGUCGACGACCACGUCCGUGGCACAGCCCUUGGUCUCCGUCUCCCCUGCCAACCCACUCGGGGCUGGGGUGUCGCUCGAUCCAGGGCGGCUCUCAUCCGCCCGCCCCGCGGUCGUCAUCACCGCCGUCGUCGUCGUCGUUGUUGUUGCCUCGUCGCGCGACGGGGGGGGGGGGGGGUGUGUCAGCACCGGGCACCCUCCCUCCAUCGUUGGUGCGGCUGGAGCCUGGUCCGGAUCCGGCGAUUGUUCCGGACCCUCGUCGUCGUCCGACGAGUCGAGGCAGCCGCCGCCGAGGUCCAUCUCCUCCUCCUGCGGCUCCGCCUCGGCGUCGACGCUCACCGCUGCCGCAGCUCUGCCGGCGCCCGCCGUCCGCUUCGAGGGAGCGCCGGAACGGUGGCGCGCCCGAAAUCAGCACCCGGACUGCGGGCGUCGCGAGCGGGGUGCACGUCAGGAACAGGCCGUCCCCGACGCUCAGCCCCGCUUCCACCAGGCGCGCCACCAUCUCCUCCUCCGCCACGUACACACGGUGACUCCGCGGUUUUCAUCGCUGGGCGGCGAGAGGACGGCGGCGCAGCCCACGUGCUCGGCCACCGCGGUCGCGACGGCCUCGACGGUCACCUCCGAUGGAGGGAACGCGACGAUCGCGUGCUGCCGCGUGAGGCUCUCCAGCUUCGUGUGUGUUGCCAUGAUGGCAGCCGGCUACAGCACACCUACGCGCGUGUUCUCGUUGUCCUUGUCGGUGCUGCUGCUGCUGCUGCCGUCGUCGUUGUAACCCGGCGUAAAACUCACGGGUUGAUCGAGGCGUAUUCUCGCUCGAGCGACCAGUGAGUAAAGGAAAAAAAAUAAAGGACUAGGAGAUAAAAAAAUAAACCAAAUAAAGUGGGGACAAUAAACUGAACCGUGAAGAAAGGGAGGGGAGCUUGGUCUGUUUUGUUCUUCUUCGAAACUCUCUCUCGGGACCGGCCUGAAACGGUGAAAAAUCAGGCCUCCAUUGUUCCAGGUGAGAGCGCGGAGCCCCACCUGGAUGUGGCCUCUCCCAGCGCGCUGAGAGAGAGACAGAGACAGAGAGGCAGAGAGAGAGACAGAGAGAGAGACAGAGAGAGAGACAGAGA